AUGGAACGGCUGUGGUUUUCGUUGCUGUUGCUGGCAGCAGCAUGUAGGGGACAGCCGUGUCCAAAACGUUGCAUGUGCCAGAGCCUUUCUCCAUCGCUCGCUAUCCUGUGCUCCAAGACAGGCUUGCUCUUUGUUCCUGCUGCCAUUGAUCGACGCACUGUGGAACUAAGGCUUCAAGAGAACUUCAUCACAGCUGUCAGAAGGAAAGAUUUUGCCAACAUGACCAGUUUGUUACAUUUGACACUGUCAAGAAACACCAUCAGUCAAAUCCUUCCUUCAGCUUUCAGUGACUUGCGGCGGCUGAGAGCUCUCCACCUAGACUCUAACAGAUUAACUGUGAUCAAGGAUGACCAUUUCAAAGGACUGACUAACCUUCGCCAUCUGAUCCUGGCCAGUAACCAGCUUCACUCAAUAUCUAGCCAUGCCUUUGAUGACUUCCUGUCCACAUUGGAGGAUCUAGACCUCAGUUACAACAACCUGGCCCAGGUACCCUGGGACACAAUUGGGCGCCUAACCAAUGUCAAUACUCUCAAUAUGGACCAUAACCUCAUAGAGAAUGUUCCCCAGGGAGUAUUCACGAAUCUACACAAACUAGCCAGGCUAGACAUGACGUCCAACAAGUUGAAGAAAAUUCCCCCUGACCCGUUGUUUCUGAGAAUCCCAGUAUUUGCCAAGUCUAGAGGCUCCCCGCUAUCCUCGCUCGUGUUGAGUUUUGGUGGGAAUCCACUUCACUGUAACUGUGAACUUCUGUGGUUGAGGAGACUAACCAGAGAAGAUGACCUGGAGACAUGUGCCUCUCCUCCUGACCUCAGUGCCAAGUACUUCUGGACAAUCCCUGAAGAGGAGUUUAUUUGUGACCCGCCAGUUUUGACCCGUAAGUCCCCUCAGACUAUGGCUAUUGAAGGCCAGCAUGCCAGUUUGAAGUGCAAGGCCAAUGGUGACCCAGAGCCCGAAGUCCACUGGAUAAGCCCUGAGGGACGGCUUAUAUCUAAUGGCUCCAGAACGUUAGUUUUCCCCAAUGGAAGCCUGGAGAUCAAUGUCACCUCCUUGAAAGAUUCCGGAAACUUCACUUGCAUCGCCUCCAACACAGCAGGGGAAUCCACGGGAAGGGUGGAGUUGGUUGUCACUGCCGUGCCUCAUCUGGCAAACAGCACAAGCCGCAGCCGAGAUCCCUCAUCUGAGCCAGCGCCUUCUGACAUCCUGACCUCCUCCAAGGUUGCGCUUCCAAACAACGAGACAAGAGGGGCAGACAGGAGGGUCUCGUUGGUGGAGCUGACAGGAAACUCUGCCCUCAUUAGGUGGAUCAGUCAAACCCCUACAUCUGGAGUCAGGAUGUUCCAGGUCCAGUACAACAGCUCUGGAGAUGAUACACUGGUUUACAGGUCUGUCGCUCUGCACUAG